CUUCAGCAUAGCUCUAUUAGGUACGGUAAAGGCUCUCGCCAUGGACGCGCCUGGCGCGACAGCGGCGACGGAUGAUAUCCGUCGAGAUGGUUCGGAAUUGGAGAUCUCCGUUGGACAAGACGUUCACCAAUCCAGUACCCACCGCAAUCAGCUAGAUCGAGAUGCAGCAGACGAGAGCGAGGAUGGCGAGGAUGAGACUCAAGAUGACAAUGAGCAAGAGGACUACAGCGAAGAGGAUGAAGAAACUGGCGAUGAAGAGGAUGAUGAGGAGCCACAUCUCAAAUAUGCGUAUUUGACGAAGCAUUUGGGAGCGGUCUACCGCAAUGGGGACGCAACGAGCUCUUUUCUUGCCACCGGAGACAAGAUGGUAAUUGGAACGCAUAAUGGAAACAUCCAUGCGUUGUCUUUACCUCUAUUCCAGAGUCUCCGUGUGUACCAUGCACACUCUGCCAGUGUCACUUCGAUAUCAAUAUCGCCAUUCCCUCCACCUUUGCCGAAUAUCAAACCGGAGAAUAUUAGGCUUCACGAAGAACAGGGCCACCACUCUAGACCAUCGUCCGGCGCUUCCAGUCUUCGUGGUAGACCGAGGCCAGACAACCAGCCCGUACUAUCCUCCACACCUUCGAACUCGAUAUAUAUUGCAACGUCUUCCAUGGAUGGCAAUGUGUGCGUUGCGUCUCUUGUAGAUCCCAAGGACGUUCUCUUACGCAACUUCGGUCGUCCUGUCCAGGCUGUCGCACUAUCACCAGACUACAAAAGUGACAGGACAUUCUUAUCCGGUGGACGGGCUGGUGAUCUGAUCCUCACUACGGGGGGUCGAGUGGGCGCAAGUACGAACUCCACAACGAUGGGGGGUGCUGCAGCUGCAGCUACGAGCUGGCUGGGCUCCAUUGGCUUAGGGAGCAACACUGGAAAGGAUACAAUACUACAUAGUGGAGAAGGAGCCAUUAGCACGAUAAAAUGGUCAUUGUCGGGGAAAUAUGUCGUGUGGGUUAAUGAAGAAGGGAUCAAAAUCAUGCGAUCAAACCUAUAUUUAGAUUCAUCCGACUCGGAACUUGCAUGGAAACGAAUCAGUCACAUUGAUCGCCCCAAUCGUCCCGGGUGGGAAGAAUUGGCCAGCGUUUGGAAGGCUCGCGCCGAAUGGGUUGAUGACACAGCCCUUGGUAGCGAGCAGUCUUCGCAAAACAAAGGAGGGGCGUCUCUCCACGACCAUCCAAACGUAACACCCACUAAAGAAAGGGUAGAGAAGCUGGUAGUUGGCUGGGGUGGUACGGUCUGGGUAAUUGAAGUUUAUCCUGAUCGACCAAACAAGAACAAUAGAGACCAAAGAAUUGGCUCUGUGGAAGUCUCUACAAUAUUACGAACCGACUGUAUUAUAUCUGGCAUUUCAUUAUAUUCUCCUAGCCUCUUGGUGGUUCUCGCCUAUAUUGAGGCCGAAGGGGAUACCUCAGCGGAUGAACGGUCCAAACACGGAGUUCUCCGUCCUGGAGGACGCCACCGUCCAAGGGGGUUAGAGCCUGAGCUUCGGAUCAUCGAUAUCGAAACCAAAGAAGAGCUCAGCGCCGAUACCCUUUCAAUCAGCCGUUACGAAACCCUCACUUCUUCCGAUUAUCAUUUGUGUGUUUUACCUCCCUGGAAGAUGGCAGUAUCUGUUUCCCAGAGAGGUGCAUUGGAAGCUCUUGGGAGUGGUCUUUGGGAUGCAACGAUGUACCCUGCACGCUUGUUCAGCUCGGGUGCCAGCAUUCGUAGUUCCACUAGCAGCGGCGAUAAGGGUUCCAGUAGAGCACCCAGUACCUUUACUUCGCGACGGGUACCUAUAGAGGAACCCUUAUCUAAAGAGAUUCAAGAAGUUUCAGGAAGCGUGGGGGCCAAGAUCUUCAUACAUAGUCCGUAUGACUGCGUCGUUGCGCUGAAGAGAGAUCUUGCAGAUCGCCUAGCAUGGCUAGAUGCACAUGAAAAGUAUGAGGAAGCAUGGAAGCUCAUCGAUGAGCGUCCCGAGGCAGCAGGAUCUGCAAGUGAACAAAAUUAUUCUAUGUUUGCCGCACCAGCAAGAUCUCAAACUACCCUUGGCGAAUUUUUGGCGGAUGACAGGUCAUCUACAACCACCACCGGUCGAGGAAUAAUCUCCGCGGCUGAGCAAGAAAAGCGCCGUCUAGGUGAGCUAUGGAUACAGCAGUUAGUUGAGGCAGAUAACUGGAAGGGGGCGGCUGAGGUUUGUGUAAAAGCAAUUCAUACUGCGCCCCGUUGGGAACAUUGGGCUUGGACUUUUAUCAAGAGCGACAAGCUAGACGAGCUAUCAUCCGCCAUUCCAACAGAUAUGCACCCACCCUUAUCUUCGGCAAUCUAUGAAACCAUCCUUGGCCAUUAUGUCUCGAAAGACAGACACAGGUUUAGUGAGCUCGUGGACUCCUGGCCAUUCGACUUGUUUGAUGUUGGCGGGAUUAUAACGGCCAUAAAGGAACAACUGCAGUCGUCAUCCGUCGCAUCCGGAUCCGAUGAAUGGCGCAUUUUGAUGAACAGCCUUGCCAAGCUGUAUCUAGCUGGCGGUCAGUACGGCGAAGCUUUACGUUGUCACAUUCGACUUCAAGACGCAGACACAGCUAUGGCUUUGACAAGAGAGCAUCGUUUGCUAGAUGCAGUCUCCGACGAUAUUCCGGCGUUCAUCAUGAUCCGCGUCUCCAAGGAGCAGCUCAAGUCGGCACCAAAAUCUGAGCUGGAGGAGCUCACAGCAGAGCCAAUUAAGCUCCUCGUGAGCGAAGCAUAUACGGGAAUCGUCCGUCCGGAGACCGUGGUCAACCAGUUAAAAGCAGCUAACAGGCUCUUGUUCCUGUAUUUCUAUCUGCGGGCUCUUUGGCGAGGAGAGUCCCUACCUCACGGCGCUGCUAAACCCCGAAGAGGCCAUUUUGCGCACAUCCGGGACGCAGCAAGCAAAUUGGCAGCUGACGAAGGGAAAGCCCUCGUUGAUACCUUCGCCGAUACAGCAGUGGAACUCUUCGCGAAUUACGACCGUACCCUAUUGAUGGAAUUUCUACAAACUAGCACCGCCUACACAUUUGACUUGGCAGUCACCAUAUGCGAAGGCCUCCGCUUUACACCUGAGCUCAUCUAUCUUCUGUCAAAGAUGGGACAAACCAAGCGAGCCCUGAACCUCAUCCUCUCCGAGCUCAAGGAUGUUUCGCAAGCCAUAUCAUUCGCUAAGUCUCAAGGUGAACCAGACCUCUGGGAAGAUCUCCUCGACUACUCGAUGGACAAACCACGUUUCAUUCACGGUCUUCUCGUGGAAGCCGGGACCUCCAUCGACCCGAUCAAGCUCGUCCGACGUAUCCCCAGCGGACUAGAGAUAGAAGGUCUUCGCGAGGGCCUAUCUCAUUUGAUCCGAGAACACGAUCUCCAGGCAAGUAUUAGUCAAGGUGCCGCCAAGGUUCUCCAAAGCGAGGUCGCUGUCGGCAUGGACACGCUACGUCGGGGCCAGCGACGAGGGAUCAAGUUCAAUGUCGUCGAAGAAGAGAAACGCCCAGCAUCGUCUGCAGCGCUUUCCGGAGUGACCGAAAAGGACGAGACGAAGAGUAACGCCAGCACCGAAAAGACUUCGAUACAGCCACAUAUGUCGACGCAGGUCGGAAGAUGUGCAGGUUGUCAGUUUCCUUUCCAUGCCAAUGAGAAAGAGAUCCUCGUUGGUUUCGCCUGCGGACACAUCUUCCACCUUUCCCACAUCCACACAGCAGAACCCUCCGACGCAACCACGCCCGACAGCCAGUCAGCUGCUCAAACUCCAAGGUCGUUCCGGUACCCACGUACACCGACGCUGGACGAACCUUCGAUGUCCACGUCCCGCACGGUUGGGCCUAAGGUUACCACUGCCCGGCUUCUGCGGGAUCGGGUUGGCGACGGAUGCCGAAUCUGUGCUCUCGCGAAGCAGAUCGAAGCUAUCGGAGAAUCUGAGACGUAAAUGGCGCGGUGUUGUUCUUUGUACAGGAUUUGCUGAAGGCACCCCCGCAAAGUGUCAGCUUCGGAGAUACUUUGAUGCAAGUUCUUACCAAUACGGGGAAGGGACGGCUGGUUCCGCUACAUAGCUCUCUGGCGCGACUACAGACGGCAUAAUUUUGUUUCUUAGGAGAUACCCAUGGUAGUAC